AUGUUUAUCUAUCUAUCUAUCUAUCUAUCUAUCUCUCUCUCUCUCUCUCUCUAUCUAUAUUUCAUUUGUCUCUCUCUCUCUCUCUCUCUCUGCCUAGUGAACGUAAUGUAUCCUCAGUCUCUCCAUGUUUAUCUAUCUAUCUAUCUAUCUCUAUCUAUCUAUCUAUCUAUCUAUCUAUCUAACAGACAUUCAUUUGUCUCUCUCCCUCUCUCUCUCUCUCUCUGCCUCGUGAACAUGUGUAUCCUCAGUCAGUCCAUGUUUAUCUAUCUAUCUAUCUAUCUAUCUAUCUAUCUAUCUUCAUUUUCCUCUUUCUCUCUCUAUCUAUCUAUCUAUCUACUAUCUAAUGUCUAUCCUCAGUUUCUCUCUCUCUUUCUCUAUCUGCCUAUCUAUCUCUAUCUAUCUAUCUAUCUAUCUAUCUAUCUAUCUAUCUAUCUAUACAGACAUUCAUUUGUCUCUCUCUCUCUCUCUCUCUCUGCCUCUAUGAACGUAAUGUAUCCUCAGUCAGUCAAUGUUUAUCUAUCUAUCUAUCUAUCUAUCUAUCUAUAA